AUGGCGAUUGUACCGAAAACCUUCUUGUAUAACGUACUCCUGCAAUUCGCUUUGGGUACAGUGGCCACGCAAGAUGAUCUGAAAUACGUCAACCCCUUGAUCGGAUCAACCAAUGGCGGCAACGUCUUCGCAGGCGCAAGCCUUCCAUACGGCCUAGCAAAACCCGUUGCGGACGUCGAUGGCCAGAAUACAGGAGGUUUCUCAACGGAUGGGAGCAAUGUCACUGGUUUUUCGCACAUGCAUGACAGUGGCACUGGCGGGAAUCCGUCCAUGGGAAAUUUCCCGCUGUUCCCUCAAUAUUGCGUCGACAAUCUCGUGGAUAAUUGCAAGUUUCCAAAGACUGCACGCGCUGUUCAUUACAAAAAUGACUCGGUGGUUGCGAAGCCGGGUUAUUUUGCCUUGACGCUUGAAGGUGGUAUUCAAGCUGAGAUGACUGCUGCGCGGCGCACUGCGUUGUAUCGGUUUACUUUCCCUGAAUCGAAGUUGCCGGAUGGAAGUGACCUUAAUCCGUUGAUCUCACUGGAUCUGACUGAUCUUUGGGAUAGUCGACAGAAUGCUUCCAUCAGUAUCGAUGCUGAAAAUGGCCGGAUUAAGGGCAAUGGGACUUUCCUGCCGAGUUUCGGGGCUGGAUCGUACCAGUUGUACUUCUGUGCUGAUUUCAGUGGCGAUGCUAUCGACGGUGGGAUUUGGGUUAAUGACCGAGGCGGAUCAGUGAAGGAGCUGUUUGUCACUCGUGGCUUCAACAAUUUCUACCUCCAAGCUGGAGGCUAUAUGACCUUUGAUCGGCCAAAUGACGGGGUCGUCACUGUGAGAGUGGGUGUCAGCUUUGUGAGCACUGAUCAGGCUUGCCAAAAUGCCGUGAGUGAGGUAUCUGAUCCGGAUAGUGAUUUUGAUGGUCUGCGCAAACAUGCAGAGGACGCUUGGAAGGAGAAAAUCAGCCCGAUCAAGGUCACGCCAGGUGGUGUCAGCGAUGACAUGUUGAGCAGCUUCUGGAGUGGCAUCUAUCGGACCAUGUUGUCACCUCAAGAUCUCACGGGCGAGAACCCGUUAUGGAAGAGUGACGAGCCUUACUUUGACAGUUUCUACUGUUUGUGGGAUGCAUUCCGCGCGCAGCAUCCAUUCUUGACAAUUAUUGAUCCUCAAGCACAGUCAAAAAUGGUUCGAAGCUUGCUCGAUACCUUCAAGCAUGAAGGAUGGCUCCCCGACUGCCGCAUGAGUCUCUGCAAAGGCUGGACGCAGGGUGGUUCUAACGCCGACAUUGUUCUGGCUGACGCCUAUGUCAAAAAUCUGACUGGAAUUGACUGGGAGCUUGCCUACAAAGCGAUGGUCAACGAUGCGGAGAACGAGCCACUUGAGUGGUCCUAUGAAGGACGAGGCGGUCUUCAGAGCUGGAAGCACCUCGACUAUAUCCCAUACCUGGAUUUUGACUAUAUCGGCUUUGGUACCAAUUCACGGAGUAUUUCACGGACCUUGGAAUAUGCCUAUAAUGACUACAGCGUGGCCGUUGUAGGCAAAGGCCUGGGAAAGAAAGACUACACCACAUACUUGUCUCGGUCUAACAAUUGGCAAAACUUGUAUAAAGAUAACCAGACAUCGCUUCUGGAGAAUGGAACAGACACUGGCUUUACUGGCUUCUUCCAACCCAAGUACCUGAAUGGCACCUGGGGCUAUCAGGAUCCUAUUGCCUGCAGUGCUCUGGCAUCAUGGUGCUCUCUCACCUCGAAUCCUUCAGAAACCUUCGAGUCCAGUAUCUGGGAAUAUCUAUUCUUUGUCCCCCACGACAUGGCAAAAUUGAUCAAGCUAGUUGGCGGCCCAGAAUCCUUUGUGUCACGGCUAGACUACUUCCACACCUCUGGUUUGGCAGACAUGGGCAACGAGCCCGUCUUCUUGACGGUUUAUGACUACCACUACGCCGGACGACCCGGUCUAUCUGCCAGCCGAGCCCACGCUUACAUCCCAUCCUCAUUCAAUGCCACGCACAAUGGUCUACCUGGCAAUGAUGACUCAGGAGCCAUGGGUUCAUUCCUCGCAUGGAGCAUGAUGGGACUCUUCCCGAACCCCGGUCAAAACGUCUACCUAAUCAUCCCUCCAUUCUUCGAAGCCGUUGAAGUCACACACCCAGAAACCAACAAAACAGCCACAAUUCGAAAUGUCAAUUUCGACAAAACUUAUAAUAACAUCUACAUCCAGAGUGCCACGCUCAAUGGAAAGCCAUACGCUAAGAGCUGGGUUCCGCAUGAGUUUUUCACGCAGGGUAUGACGCUAGAAUUGACGCUUGGGGACGAGGAGAGCCACUGGGGUACACGCAAGGAGGACUUGCCUCCGAGCUUAAGUGACUCGCUUGCUGGGGUUGACGCGAAUGGCAUGUAA